UACUUUUAUUCAAGUACUGUAACGUUACUCUGGCGAAAACUUGCAGCACACAAUCAGUCUACAUUUUCAGCAAAGAAUCAAGAGGCGGGACUGAAACACACACUGUGUUACCUGUGAAGUGAAAGCAACCAGGGGCGGGGAGUUAGACAAACUCCACCCCUCACGGACCAGAGUCAAACCAGAUUGUUCUGCAGAGACACGGACUGAUAAACAGACGAUCAGAUUCACCUUCAGACCAAACUAACAACUUCCUUUGAGUGAGUUCAGCUAUAGGAGAGAAAAGUGGAAAACUACAACACUGCUGCUUCAACCUGCAGACGCUCCACACUCUGAAGCUUCUCCAAGAGACAAAAUGGCUUCCAGAUCAGAGGAGGAUCUCUGCUGUCCGGUCUGUCAUGACGUUUUUAGAUAUCCUGUUCUUCUGGCAUGUAGCCACAGCUUCUGUAAAGACUGUCUGAGGAGAUGGUGGAGACAGAAAGAAGCACGCGAGUGUCCAGUUUGUAAGACAGUAUGUUCAUGGAAGAAACCACCAUUUAACCGGGCGUUAAAUAACAUGUGUCAGACCUAUUUGUUGGAGAGAGAUCAGAGAGAUUCAGAGGCUCUCUGCAAUCUGCAUGCUGAGAAACUGAAACUCUUCUGUCUGGACCAUCAGCAGCCAGUGUGUGUCGUUUGCAGAGAUUCACAAAUACACAGCAACCACAGAUUCAGACCCAUCGAUGAAGCUGCACGACAACACAAGAAGGAACUUCAGGAAACUCUGGAGCCUGUAAAGAAGAAGUUAAAGGUUUCUGAAGAUAUUAAAGUGAAGUUUGAUCAAACAGCAAAACACAUUAAGGUCCAGGCCCGACACACAGGGAGGAAGAUUAAGGAGCAGUUUCAGAAGCUUCACCAGUUUCUAGAUGAGGAAGAGGAGGCCAGGAUGGCUGCACUGAGGGAGGAAGAGGAGCAGAAGAGUCAGAUGAUGAAGGAGAAGAUGGAGGCUCUGAGCAGAGAGAUAGCAGCUCUUUCAGACACAGUCAGAGCCACAGAGGAGGAGCUGAGAGCUGAAGACGCUGCAUUCCUGCUCAACUACAAGGAUGCAGUGGAAAGAGUCCAGCAGCGCCCCCUGCUGGAUGAUCCACAGCUGCCCUCAGGAGCUCUGAUAGACCAGGCCAAACACCUGGGCAACCUGACCUUCAACAUCUGGAGCAAGAUGAAGGACGUGGUCUCCUACACUCCUCUCAUUCUGGACCCAAACACUGCUGAUCCAAGACUCAUCCUGUCUGAAGACCUGACCAGCGUGAGACGAGGAGAGGAGCAGCAGCUUCUUGGGAAUCCAGAGAGGUUUGAUAAAUUCCCGUCUGUUCUGGGCUCUGAGGGCUUCAACUCAGGGACCCACAGCUGGGAUGUCGAGGUUGGAGACUGUUCAGUCUGGUUUCUGGGUGUGUUAGCAGAGUCUGUCCAGAGGAAGGGACUCAUCCAGUCUGGUUUAUGGACAAUGGGGUUGCAUAAAGAUAAAUACUCAGCAUGCUCACUAGGUUCAUCCACAGUUCUCAGAGUGCAGAAGAAGCCCCAGAGGAUCAGAGUGAAUCUGGACUGGAAUAUUGGAGAGCUGUCGUUCUGUGAUCCUGAUACUAACACACACAUACACACCUUCACACACACUUUCACUGAGAGGAUGUUUCCAUUUAUUUUCACUGGGAAUAAACUGCAGAUAUCACCUCUGAAGAUCCGUGUGACAGUAGAACAGAACAGUUAGAGAUAAAUAUUCAUGGUGUUUAUUUCUUAAA